CGCACCACCACCGAGCCCCACCAGGCUCCUGCCCAGCACAACGCGAGUCCCACCAUGGCUGUGCCUGCAAGCCCACAGCACCCACGGGGGUACGGCAUCCUGCUGCUCACGCUCCUUCUGAAAGCUCUCGCCACCACCGCCUCCGCCUGCAACCACCUUCGCCCCCAGGAUGCCACCUUCUCUCACGACAGCCUCCAGCUCCUCCGGGACAUGGCUCCCACACUACCCCAGCUGUGCCCACAGCACAACGCGUCUUGCUCCUUCAACGACACCAUCCUGGACACCAGCAACACCCGGCAAGCCGACAAAACCACCCACGACAUCCUUCAGCACCUCUUCACAAUCCUCAGCAGCCCCAGCACUCCAGCCCACUGGAACGACAGCCAACGCCAAAGCCUCCUCAACCGGAUCCACCGCUACACCCAGCACCUCGAGCAAUGCUUGGACAGCAGCGACACGCGCUCCCGGACGCGAUGGCCUCGCAACCUUCACCUCACCAUCAAAAAACACUUCAGCUGCCUCCACACCUUCCUCCAAGACAACGAUUACAGCGCCUGCGCCUGGGAACACGUCCGCCUGCAAGCUCGUGCCUGGUUCCUGCACAUCCACAACCUCACAGGCAACACGCGCACUUAGCCCCAAACGCACCUCCCACCCUUGUCCUAUUUAUCUAUUUAUUCAACUAUUUAUACAAACGCCUAUUUAUUCUUCUAUUUAUUCUUCUAUUUAUUCAGACAAAAUAAAGCUCUCCUUUUCAACACUG